AUGCAGUACGUCAGAAGUAUCAGCGGUUCGGUCUCAAAGACAUGGAACUCAAUCAACCCAGCCACUCUCAGUGGAGCUAUUGACGUGAUCGUUAUUGAACAGGAGGAUGGAACGCUGGCGUGCUCUCCUUUCCAUGUGCGAUUCGGCAAAUUCUCCCUCCUCCGGCCGUACGAGAAGAAGGUGGAGUUCCGGGUAAACGGCGUCAAACAAGACUAUGCAAUGAAGCUCGGGGAAGGAGGGGAGGCAUUCUUCGUAUUCGAGACUGCCAACGAUGUCCCCGAAUCGCUACAAACGUCGCCUGUUGUGUCACCCGCAGCGAGUCCAAAGCAUGCUCCCUUCGACGGAGAUAUGUCAGCCGACUCCGAGCCCGAAUUCCUAGACCUCUCCUCCAGCAGACCGAGUAGCCCGCGAAAGAUUGACCCUGACCCUACGGGCGCAGUGUUAAGAACAGAAACUGAUCCAUCUAUCCUAGCUACGAUGUCCAAGUCUCUCGAUGAAUGCCAGCCAUGGUUGGACGGCUCUCCAACGCCAUCCUCUGAGAUAGAAGCUCAAGUGCAUCAGACUCGUCUCAGGGCGGGAGCCACUGCGGAUUUCGACGCAGCGCGCCUUUCUCCACCUCCUUCCGCGUUCAGCCCAGAAAAAGACUCCCCCGAUUCGCGAAGAUCUCAAAGUCCUCCUCCCGUCUCAGCUCAAGAGGCUUAUUCUAGAGCUAUAUCGCUCUCGAAGAAACUUGAAGUUUCGAACAUCCCUUCAAAAGUGACCGAAACUGGGGACUUGAUGCUUGAUAUGACAGGAUACAAGAGCAGUGAUGAGGAUGCCUUGCGGGCAGAGUUAGUUGCUCGCAAGCUUCUCGCGGAGGAGCUGGAAGGAAAUUAUGAUAUUGGAGCGUUGAUAGGCGCUGAUGAACAUGGAAAUCUUUGGAUAUACAGUAGUGAGGAUGCAAAAGAGGCCGCUACUCGUCGCGCAACAUUCAACAGUCUUCCGAAUAGCCAUCCCUUAGCUGGUGACGCAGCGUCAGAACCCGGGUACCAUAGCGAUAGUGAACAAACUUUGGCAAUGCCAAACCAACGGCAUCACCGUUCUCAGUCUGACGCACAGGGAGGAUAUCCAACGCCGCCACAGACACCCGCUGGUGACGCUGCAGCUGACGACCAAACUCGCAAUUAUGCCAAGACUCUCCGAUUGACAAGCGAUCAGCUUAAAGCAUUGAAUCUUAAGCCCGGAGCUAACCCAAUGUCAUUUACGGUAAAUCGGGCCACAUGUCCAGCGACGAUGUAUUUAUGGAAUUACAAGACACCUAUCGUCAUUUCCGAUAUAGACGGGACCAUUACAAAGUCGGAUGCUUUAGGCCACGUCCUCAACAUGAUCGGUCGCGAUUGGACCCAUGUCGGCGUAGCCAAACUAUAUACAGAUAUAGUGAAUAAUGGAUACAACAUCAUGUACCUAACAAGCCGCUCAACUGGCCAAGCAGACAGCACAAGAACAUACCUUAACGGGAUCGUUCAGGAGGGCUAUAAGCUACCCAAAGGUCCGGUUAUCAUGAGCCCUGAUCGCACUAUUGCUGCGCUACGUCGUGAAAUCUAUUUGCGAAAGCCGGAGGUUUUCAAAAUGGCCUGCCUUCGUGACAUCUUAAGUCUCUUUAAAGGGCGACAAAAUCCAUUCUACGCUGGGUUUGGCAACCGCCUUACCGAUGCGCUGAGCUAUCGAUCUGUAAACAUCCCGUCUACCAGGAUUUUUACCAUAAAUUCCGAUGCGGAGGUUUAUUUGGAUCUUCUCAGCCUCAAUAAAUAUAGGAGCAGCUAUGUCUCCAUGAGAGAACUGGUAGAUCACUUUUUCCCGCCCGUGAGCCUGCUUAUCGAAGAAGGCGCCGAGGACUUUACGGAUUUCAGAUAUUGGAGGGAUAGCCCUGGAGAUCUCGAUGACUUUUCCGUUACGGACAGCGACGAAGAUGGCGAUGAGCGAGACGAAGACGAUAAUUUAGAGAGUGAAGAUGAUGGUAGCGACCAAUAUGAGUACGAGGAUGAGGAGCAAGUUGACGGAAUGGCUGAGAGCUAUAUUUCACGGGAUUCUCUCGCUUCUGGUGACAUGGCGGAGUCGAUUGUGGAGUCAGGUUCUGAGUCCGGAGGUGAUCCGGAUAGCACAGAGGUCCCGAUUCAGAAUUUGAAUCUUAACAAUCGGCGUCAUUGA